UCCGUUUCGGCCGGCCCUCUUCCAUCUGCGAUUGCCUCUUGUGCACUUCUAGUGGCCAGUCGGACUCUGGACUCAGUCCGAAGCUGUUCGUUCUACUACGUGACUCUUACUCGUUUUUCUCUUUUUGUUUCUGCCAUUUCUUCUUUUGACAUCAGACAAUUGAACCCUCGGCUAGUAUUCGUCCAUCACCACUGUGACGUGCCACUUCUUGCCAAGUGGAGUGCCCGACAGCUGUGACACUGAAAUCAAAAGAAAUCGAAAACAACUUUUUGACACAAAAGUGACCAACUUAUUCCAAAAAGGGCCGGCUCGUUGAUUCACCUGUUAGCCUAGACUGGUUUUUUGUUUCCCGUCACGUGCGUCACAUUUCUGAUUACAUUUUUUAAAAUAAGUUAUUGCGUUUAGUGCUGUGUUGAGUGAUUCGCCCGUGUGACAAGUUCCAGUCUGACAAAGGAAGAAAAAUAAGGCCGUUGGUUAAUUUGAAAUUUUGUCGUUUGUGAGUGACCCGAGUGGAAGGGAAGUCAGUCAGAGUCGACUGCUGACUUGUUUGUUUUUAUUGGCUGGACCAUCGGUCGAAAAAAAAGACGGGCCGCAAAGAAUUAUUUCACUAGUGGUUGGGGGCGAGAAAUGAUAACGGCCUCAUCGUCGGUCCAGUCGCAAGUGUCGACGGGCAACAAGUUACGCAACUCGCCUCUGUCGUUCAGCAUGUCUCUAUCGCCCGGCGCAGCCAGUUCUGCUAGUCCGGCUUCAUCAGUGGCCGAUUCGGCGGCGUCAGGAGUUUCAGGAGCCGGAGCCGGAAGGUCCGCAACGCCCAGUCCCGACCGGAACAACUUGUCGUUGGAUCACCGUCGCAGUCCGGUCGGCCGGUCGUCGCAUCACUUGGUGGGCGCUGCCGGACACCCGCACGACCUCUCCUCCUACAAUCCCAUCCGCCGGCCCAGCUCGGCCAACAGUCCGCCCGUCCGCGACAGCCCGCCCAGCCGAGGGGAGGCCAACCUCAACAGCCACUCGGCCGCCCUGCAGGCCUCGCUGUCCGGCUCGCUUCACGGGCCCGGCAUGUCGUCGUCCAUGUCGUUCGCCGCUCUACACGCGGCCGCAGCGGCCGCCGCCGCCAACCAGAGCGCCCUGCUCCACGGCAAGGCCGGCCUGCUGGGCGGCAUGGGCCCUGGCGUGCCAGUUUCGCUGGCCGGACUGACGGGCAUCCCUGGCAUGCCGGACGGCUACCACCCGGGCCUCUAUCUGGGCCACCCGGCAGCAGCCGCAGCGGCCGCAGCGGCCGCCGCCGCCGCCAACAUGCAGAACGCCGAGCGUUCGCUGUACGGGCACGGCCACCAUCACGGCGGCCACUCUCACGGGAUGCACUCGGGCGGCGGUGGUGGCGGGCACGGCCAGAACAGCCACCACCACCACCACAGCAGCGACCGCUCGCCGUACAGCAGCCACAGUCCGCCGCCCAUUUCCAGCACGGACCCGACGGCCAACGAGUGCAAGUUGGUGGACUACCGCAACCAGAAGGUGGCGGCCUUCGUCAUCCACGGCGAGACGAUGCUGUGCCUGCCGCAGGCCUUUGAGCUCUUCCUCAAGCACCUGGUCGGCGGCCUGCACACCGUCUACACCAAACUCAAGCGGCUGGACAUUGUGCCGCUCGUCUGCAACGUCGAGCAGGUCCGCAUCCUGCGCGGGCUCGGCGCCAUCCAGCCGGGCGUCAACCGCUGCAAGUUGCUCUCCUGCAAGGACUUUGACAUCCUCUACAGGGACUGCACCACUGCCAGUUCCAGGCCCGGCCGACCCCCGAAACGAUCUCCUUUGAUGGGUAUCACUUCACCGCAACACGACGUCCUAAUGAAGAUGAAGAAACCCCGGCUGGACAACGGCGACUACAUGCCCUACGAGAACGGCCACAACACAGAAUCGCGUGGGAUGGAAAAGUCUCCGCUGCUGGCCAAUGGAUACAACCCGCCACCGACCCAUCUGAACCCGAUGCAAUUCAUGGCGCUGAAUCACGCUGCCCAGCAGGCUGCCGCCGCCGCCGCCCAGCAUGCUCUGCUCGGCUCGCCCGGCUCCACCAUGCACCAGGCUGGACUGCAGGCCGGCCUGGCCAACCUAGCAGGUGCCAAUCACCACGGGCUGGCUUCCCAUAGCCAGGCGUCCGCCAACUACGCCGCUCACCACAGCGCUGCGGCCGCUGCCGCAGCUGCCGCCGCUGGCCACGCCAUGAUUAACCGGCCAGAGUCGGACGCUGUCAGCAAAGGCUCGUCUUCCGUCGACCCCAUGGCGGCUGCCAGGAGCGGAUUCUGGGAGAAUUGCCGGGCUGCCUACGAAGACGUCGUCAAACACCUGGAACGAUUGAAGGACGAUCGAUCGGAAUCGGAGAAGACAAGUUCGACGCUGGACGCCAAAGCCCGCGACCAUCAUCCCCAACACAACGGAUCGAGCGCUAGUCCCGUCCUCAACUUGUCGAAAGGGUGCGACGGUGUCAACAACAACGCUUCCGUCAGCCACGAAGACAAGGAGAUGGGACGCCACCACCACCACCAGCAGCCGCACGCUCAACAGGAGCUCCAGGACGGCCAUCACCAUCAUCAUCAUCACCAUCACCAGCAGCACCAGCAGGAGGAGGAGGAGGAGGAGGAAGAAGGGCGACGGGCCGGCGACGACGAGGAGGAGAGCAACAGCAGCGGCGGCGAGGAAAUGCCAUCUCCUCGGCCGCAUCAUCACCACGCGCUGGUCCACCACCCGUCGCUGCGUCGCCACGACGGCGGCGGCGGCGGUGGCGGCGUCGGUGGCGACGACGACCGCAGUGACGUUAAUGACGACGACGACGCCGACGAGGAGAAACACGCAGAGACCAGCGACGAAAUGGAUCGUGACGGGUCAUCGAGUCCCCGUCACAGCGACAAGAGCCAAUCGCACACGACGGUGGCGGCGGCGACAGCGGCCCAGGCGGCGGCUUGCGCUUCGUCGGCUUCGGCCCAGGCGGCCCACCAGGCGGCCCAACAGGCGGCUUCGGCCCAGGCGGCGUUCAAUUAUUCGGCGUUCCUUAACGCUUCCGUCAGUGGCGGUGGCGGCGAGUCGGUCAUGCUCGGCUCCACCGAGAAUCUUUUGCGCAACAUCCAGGGACUCCUCAAGGUGGCCGCCGAGAACGCCCGUCAACAGGACCGGCAGGCCAACUACGAAAAAGCCGAGCUGAAAAUGGAAAUCCUCCGCGAGCGGGAGUUGCGGGAAAGCAUCGAGAAGCAGAUGAUGGAAGAUCAACGUUCGCGAGUGCUUUACCAGAAGCGACUGAAAAAGGAGCGCCGGGCCCGCCGAAAGCUUGCCGAUCAACUCGAAUUGGAAACCAAACGCCGAUGCCAGUUUGAGGAGGCUCUCAAGACAACUUCGUCAGAGACUUUUCUUGUGAUAAGUGAAAAACUCAAUCAAGAGAUCGAUCAAGAGCGGAAAGGACGACAACAGCAGCCACCUUCUCAGACAACGGAGAGUAACGAGACAGCCAACACGAUUGAAAAUCGUGGAGUCUAUUACAAGAACUCUCUGCUCUUCACCAAUGCAUCGUAAGCAUUUGUGCACACACAAUUCUAGCCCCAUGCAACAACUCUCCUCUCCCUUGUCAACAAUAACAACAACAAAAAGUCUUGAUGUCCCUGUGUUCUGUAUUAUGUCGGCCGAUAUCUUUGAAAAAUCAUCGCGGAAAGCCAUUGAAAAAAAGGAAAUUUAGCUAUUUAAGAAGACGAUGAUGCAACCUACAUUUUGAAAGACGGAGCAAUUCUUUCUGAAUUCGAGCAGCGCAACGGUGUCGUCUUGUCCGAAUCAUUUCUAUUAUAUACUAUAAUAUUUCGUAUACGCUGUAUUCCGUUUUGGAUUUUUAUUUUCCUUUUCGGUGUGUCGAUCGGCUCUCAUUUCUACGUGAAUGUGUGUGCGUGUCAUUUUUUCUAUAUAUUAGAUCCAUUUUUCUCAUCUUAUAUAGCCGUCAUAAGCUAGCACGAUGGUAGACGUAAUUUGCAUUCAUGGUGUUAAUAUCAUUUUCUCGGAUCUUCCCCACUUAUUGGAUCUUGUCGGCCGCGAACUUCGCUCGGGCGACGAGAAGACAAUUUUAAUUAUUAUUAUUAUUAUUUUUAUUAUUGUCACGAUUCUUGGCUGUUGUCUGUUUAAUUCAUUCGUCUCACUCUUAUAUACGCAACCAGCAUUUGCCGUUAUCGGUGUAUAGGAUAUGUUGGGCUGGACAAAAAAAAAAGAAAAGAAAAGAAGAUUUUGACGAUAGUUUUUCAGUGAUGUUUCGAAAUUUAUACCCGGUACACCGUACGACAAAUAGUUUAUGUAAAAUUGUGGGCUCCAUUACCUCAGUUUGAUUGUGCUCCGUGUCUAACUAUUUCAUUUUAUAUCUCCCCCCCCCCUCCUCCUCCUUCCCAAUUGAAAAUUGAUUGUGCUGUAAUCCCCCCCGUUGAUGUGUGAGACGACUAAGCGUCGACAGGUUUGGCGCUUUUUUCGAAAAAAUUAAGGCAUUCGGACAUUUUUUUAAAAAGAGAGUCAUUGGCGUGAAGACUGGCGAGAUCAUUUUGUCUAGAAAAGUGCAUACUAGCGAUCUCAAAUCUGACUGCAACAUGUACAAAAAACAAGAAAAAGAAUUUAAUCGCAAGCCAGGCCUAUGUUAUGUAAUAGCUGAUCGAAGUUUGCUGCUGCUGGGCCUCUAAUGCGCAUUAAGAAUUUUUUUUUAGAUGCACUUUUCUAUGGUUUAUAAGCCUAUAGGGUCAACUUUGUAAUACCACCAUCACUUUGGAUCUUAUAUAGCGUAUACAUCUUGGGUUUUCUUACGUAUUGUGUGAAUUAAAAAAUAACAAAAGUUAAUCUUAUAUUUCCUUUUUAUUUUGCGGGCGUCACUCCAGUAAUGUGUGUGUGUGUGUGUGUGUUUUUAUUUUUUAUUCUCUCGAUUUGCACUGUUUUAUUUUGUUUGUGUUUGUUUCUUUCCCCCCUGUCUUGAUGGGAAAAGGUCGACUAAAAUGGAAAAAAAAUUUGACGUAACCCACCUUUUCUUCGAUUGCCUGUUCAUAGCUCUAUCCAAUCAUCGUAUACUUCAUACUUUAUUACUGUUCUCCCAAUUGCCCAGGUCUUCGUCUGUUGUUGAUUAGUUACCUUUUCCUACAUUACAACCCCACCCGCGACUUCUUGUGUACGAAGAGGUGUUUCCCUGCCCCCCUCUCCUCCUCCUCCCUCCCUCCACACCGACUGUGUGAUCACUCUUGUGUUCCGUUACACACCUGCCCUUUAUACCCUUGAUACUUAUUCUUGUUUUGCUUCACGGCAGCAAGUUUUCUUAUUUGUGCUUCUUGCGUGUUUGUGUCUUAUUAAACGCUAUUGAAUACCUUUGA